UGUUAAAAAGCUAAAGGAUAAUUUUUAGCAGAAUCUCAUUGGCUCUACUUGUUCUUACAAGCGCUUUUAUUUUUUGAUUUGAAAAAAUUUUAAAUUAUAUUUUUUUUGUGAAAUUUGUAAAUUUGUAAUUUUUAAAAAAUACAUUAAUAUUAUUGCGCAUUUAAGAGACUCUUUUGUUAUUUGCUUUUUGAUUAAUAUUAAUUAUCAAAAAUUUAUUAUACAGCUUAGAUAUAUUUGAAUAAAUUUAUAAAAUGCAACAUUAAUAUGUGCUGGAUGAAGUGAAAUAUUAAAAUUUCAUAUGUGAAAGAAAAAUUGUUAUAAUUAAAACAAAAAAAAACACAAAAUUGAAAAUUAUAAAUCUUGAAAUAUUUUGAAUUAGUAGAGACUUUAAAUAUUAUACGACAGAACAAGCCGAUACUAAGAUGGAUUAAAUUGCCUAUAAUUGGCUAUCGUUCUUUUUUAAUUAGACAGCAUUAAGUAAAAAUUAAAAAGAUACACAUCGUAAAGCAAAACGUUAUAAAAGACCUUCAAAUCCAAUGCCAGCCCGAAAGGGGCUGCUUGCGCCCCAAAAUACAUUUUUGGAUACUAUAGCAACACGUUUCGAUGGGACACAUUCAAAUUUUGUUCUUGGAAAUGCUCAAGCGAAUGGAAAUCCUAUUGUAUAUUGUUCAGAUGGAUUUGUUGAGCUAACAGGAUAUUCCCGGGCACAAAUUAUGCAAAAGGGAUGUUCCUGUCAUUUUUUGUAUGGCCCAGAAACAAAAGAAGAACACAAACAACAAAUAGAAAAAAGUCUAAUAAAUAAAUUGGAACUUAAAUUGGAAGUUAUUUUUUAUAAAAAAGAUGGGCGACCAUUUUGGUGUCUAUUCGAUAUAGUUCCAAUAAAAAAUGAGAAACGAGAUGUUGUAUUAUUUCUCGCUUCUCAUAAGGACAUUACAGAGCAAAAAAUGUCUGAGAUGUCAGUUUCUGAUGAAUGUGAUAGCGUUUUUGCACUUACAGCCGCCUUAUUAGGAGCACGUUUUCGUGGUACAGAUGCUGGUAUAUUAGGUCCACCAACUGAUGAUUCAGAUGGUGGCAAUGGAUUACAAGUUCCGCCUGGCUGUAAUAUGGGAAGAAGGCGUUCACGUGCUGUGCUUUAUCAAUUGUCCGGUCAUUAUAAACCAGAAAAAGUUAAAACAAAAUUAAAAUUAGGCAAUAAUUUAUUACAUUCAACUGAGGCACCAUUUCCUGAAUAUAAAACACAAUCAAUAAAAAAAUCUAGAUUUAUUCUAUCACACUAUGGUGUAUUUAAAACCUGUUGGGAUUGGAUAAUAUUAGUUGCUACGUUUUAUGUAGCUAUCAUUGUACCAUUUAAUGCGGCAUUUGUUAAAUCGGAUCGCCAAACCAUGAUACCAGAUGUGAUCGUUGAAGCGCUUUUUAUUGUAGAUAUCUUAUUAAAUUUUCGUACAACUUUUGUAUCUCGUAAAGGUGAAGUAGUAUCAGAUGCUAAAAUGAUUUGCCUUAAUUAUUUACGUGGAUGGUUUGUAGUUGAUAUAUUAGCGGCAUUGCCAUUUGAUCACCUGUAUGCAUCAGAUUUAUAUAGUGGUGAAGAAUCUCAUAUUCAUCUAGUAAAGUUAACUCGUUUAUUAAGGUUAGCUAGACUUAUGCAAAAAAUGGAUCGAUAUUCACAAUAUACAGCAAUGAUUUUAACAUUAUUAAUGCUAUGCUUUUCACUGGUUGCACAUUGGUUAGCAUGUAUAUGGUAUGUUAUAGCAGAAAAGGAAGGAUACUAUAAUGAUGAUGAUUGGGAUAUAGGAUGGAUGCAUGCACUUGCUGAACGAUUAAAAGUACCUGUUGACAAUAUAACAAAUGUUGAAGCAUAUGCGACAGCGUUAUAUUUCACAUUUACAAGUUUAACAUCAGUUGGUUUCGGUAAUGUUUCAGCGAAUACAACAGCAGAAAAAGUUUUUAGUAUUAUUAUGAUGUUAAUUGGAGCUCUAAUGCAUGCUGUUGUAUUUGGUAAUGUUACUGCAAUUAUUCAAAGAAUGUAUUCCAGAAGAUCCUUAUACGAAAGUAAAUGGAGAGAUUUAAAGGAUUUUAUUGCACUACAUCAGAUGCCUAAGGAAUUAAAACAACGUAUUCAAGAUUAUUUCCAAACAAGCUGGUCUUUAAGUCAUGGAAUUGAUAUUUAUGAGACGUUGAAAGAAUUCCCUGAAGAGCUGCGUGGUGAUGUGUCAAUGCAUUUACAUAGAGAAAUAUUACAACUGCCGAUAUUUGAAUCAGCAUCACAGGGUUGCCUAAAGCUGUUAUCAUUACAUAUUAAAACAAAUUUUUGUGCUCCUGGUGAAUAUUUAAUUCAUAAAGGUGACGCAUUAAAUUACAUUUAUUACCUGUGUAAUGGUUCAAUGGAGGUGGUAAAAGACGAUAUGGUUGUAGCAAUAUUAGGUAAAGGUGAUCUAGUUGGCUGUGAUAUAAAUGUACAUUUAGUGAUAACGUCAAAUGGUCAAGUAACAACUACAACUAAUAGUGCUGGCCAAGAGAUUGUAAUGCGUAGCAGUAGUGAUGUUAAGGCACUGACGUAUUGUGAUUUAAAAUGUAUGCAUAUGGCUGGAUUUCUUGAAGUUUUAAGGCUCUAUCCAGAAUAUCAAACGCAAUUUGCUAAUGAUAUACAACAUGAUUUAACAUUUAAUUUACGUGAAGGAUAUGAAUGUCAGGAUUCUGAUAUAGGUCCUUCUUUACCAUUGCCGUCGAUUAGUGAAGAUGAUGAAAAUCAACCUGAUAAUGAUGGAGAAGGAACAGGGGGAACUGCAAAUGCUUCACCGCAUCAUAAUAUAGGUGGUAGUCCAGCGCUUUCACGACAUGGUGGUUCACCAUUAUUAUCUGUUAGUCCACGGCAUGGACGUGGUCAUUUACAAAGGGGUCGGUCAUUAGCUGCACUAAGAGAACGUGUUGAAAGACAACGAUCUGUUACUGUUUCAUCAUCCAAUGAAGCAGAAUCAAAUUCGUUAGAGGGUCUUAACCUAGAAUCCGGCGGUACUGGAACAACUGCACACGCAGGAACUAAUAAACAUUCAAUGGAGCGAUUAGACUCUCAAGUAAGCACUUUACAUCAAGAUGUCGCCGUUUUAAGUAUAGAAGUACGAAAUGCCAUACAAGCUUUACAAGAAAUGACAUAUCAGUCACAUUUAGCAUCACAAAUUGAUUUAGGCAUUAAUCGAUACCCUGCUCGUUCAAUUCCAAAUAUUUCAAAUGAUUUUCAACAUUCAAUGGAUGAAAAUUAUAUACAGCAGGCUCAAUUAAUGGCUAGAAGCUCAUCUCAUCCGCCAGAAAUUUGGGGUAGAGAAUUACAAGAAGCUGCUCAAGCAGCUGCUGCAGCUGGUCAUCCCCAAAUGUUAGAAAUAAUGAACAACUCUACACCCGAGUAUCAGCAGCCACAACAACAACAUCAACAACAACCGCAAAACUUAAUACAACAACCUGCACCAGCUAUUACUAAAUCAACUCAAACCGAUUUAGUCAAAAUUGACUUUCAAACUUUUGAAAAGUUUGUUCUUGCCAAUCCAAGAUUAGUUUUAGGCCUUUUAGGUAUUGAACCAGCCAUAAAGACUGAAAUAGAGCUAUUACAGCAAAGUCAAAUACAUCAAGUAUCACCAUUAAACACUAUUGAAGAAGUUAAUUCACCUGAUGCAUCAGAAUAUUUAUUUGAUGAACAGUUGUCAGCAUUAAGUGAAGAACAAUCUCCAUUACCUCAAAAGGGUAAACUGUCCUCUGAACAAUCUUGGACAUCAAGGAGUUUAAAUAGUAACGAUGCUGAAAAUUGUCGUUCAACUGAUGCUCUAAUUGAAAUAGGACCAGAUUCAAGUGAAAAUCUUUUAGAGGAAGAUACGCUUAAUGAAAUUAGAAUAAUUAGAGAUAAUAAUGUAGUUGUACCUAAUAGCAGUAGUUUCUCAAGACAAAAAUCUAUUUCAAGUAGUAAACAUUCGAGCAGCAAUAAUAGCAUAUCAUCAAAUGAUUCAGCAUCAAAUGUAAAAUAUUUUGAUACAGAAAAUUCUCGUCAAUCAAAUGGUCCAAUUUCAAGACGUUCUUCUUGGAAAAAUAAUAAUAAAAAGGAUUAUGAACGUCUAACAGAAACAUAUGAUGAUUCACCCGAAAAAAUUGCCAUCCAUAGUAUUAAAGUACAACAUCAACAGUAUAAAGAUGAUUCCAUUGGAAAAAAGCGAAACUCAAGAACUAAUUGUUCUGAUUCUGGUAUAAAUGGUAGCAGUAGUAUUGGUACAACAAAACGUUCAAAUUCAAAUCAGAAUCGUGCACCUGCAAAUUAUCGCUUUUCGGCUGGUGAUGCCGAUAAAUUAGAAAAGGGUAUGAAAACUUUACCAUCAACGAGAUCAUUAAAAGAAAGCUGAAUGCUAUAAGAAUUUAAAUAAGUAAAAGGGAAAAAGAUCUAAGAAAAAAAAAUGCUUUGUAUUAUAAAAUUAAAAUAUGUAAAUUUUUUUUUUAGGACUUCUUAAUAAAAUACACACAAAAUUUUCACUCACAAAUUAUACAUACCUCAUGCAUUUUAAUUUGUGUGUACUUUAUACAAAACUACAUUUAUUACAUACAUCUAAAGAGAUACCAAUACUAUAUAGAGCACAAGUCUAUCUACGAGGUGUACGACUGAAAAUUAGAAUUUUCGUAGAUUUCAUUUUUGAAAUUAUUUAAACAUUAGUGUUAUAUAACAUGUAUGUAUUUAUAAUAAAUUUUGUGAAUUUAAAAAAAAAAAAUGAAAAAAGAUAGUGCGCACUUUUCGUAAAGGUUACCCGGGAAAAAAAGUAAGUGCGACUUGUGAAAAUGAAACACUUCCUACUUUAAAGAAUAUAGUAUUCACAAUCUAAAAUCAGCAUCUUUCAAAUAUAUUGCUUCGCACAAAAAUAUUAUAAUUCAGCAAUAUUGUAGAAGCCAUUAUUAAAAUCAAUGUACAAACGCUUACACCUAAACCUGUUAUUAGAACAGAAAACAAAACUUAAAAUUUAAUUAAAUAAUUUAAAAAAAUUAAUAAAAUAAUUCAAUAAAAUUGCCAUAAGUAAACAUUUUUUAUACAGAAUACACAAACGUACCAAUGUUUUAAUAUACAUACAACGUAAUGUUUCACUCGACUUAAAGUGAAACACACUGUAACAGAUUUUAAAUUUAAAAAAUAUUCAAUUACUUUCAAUAAAUUUGAGAAAUAAUGUAUUCAAAUCAGUACAACAGACAUUAUUUUAAAACUAUUUCUAUUAUUUUUAAAGUCUCAUUUUUUUCAUAUAUAGAAUAACCUGGAAAGAAAUUAUUUAAAUCUCAAAUGAAAAUUUAAGGUCCAAAUCUCCCACCUAAAUUUUUAUAUAAAUCUCAUACAAAAAUAUGUACAUAACAAAGUAAAAAUUCUAAGAACUACAAUACAAAAAAACAAAUAUUAUUCUUAUACUUAUUAUUCACCUUUAUCUCACCGACCAGCGACCCACCUAACAUAUUACAUAGAGAAAAGAAAAUGAUAAAUAAAUAAAAUAAUUUAGAAAAAUAAAAUAUCAAUUCAGUUGCUUAGUAGAGGAUUUUUAGAAAACAUUUAAAAUAAAAGACAAACUUUUAAAAAGUAAAUUUAAAAAAAAAGAAAAUAAAUUAAUGAAAUUUAAUAGUAAUGUUAAAAGACUAGAAAAAGGUCUCGGCCAAUUUUACAAUAGUACUGCGAAAAUCAAAUUAUUUCGAUUUCAUUUGAAUGUUUCUAUAACAAAAAGUAACUACUUCUUGUGUUAUAAAUUUUUUUUUAUUGAGAAAUUGUUUUUUCCAAAGCAAAUCUGAAACUAAUUUUUAAUUUAAUUCGAAAAUAGUACAAUGAAACUCUGUAGCUCAGUUAACUGACUAAAAAGUUAUUUGACUUUGUGCAAUGUUUAUAUAAAGCUAACUCUUAGUCAUGAAGAUUAAUGAGACAAAAAUACUCUCAGGGGCCUUAUUUUUUGUAAAACGAUUUUCGUAUUCAGAAAAAUGAUAAUGUAGUAUCGUUUCACAAAAAUCGAAUUACAUAGUAAGACCCCAGUAACUAAAACAUGGUUUUAAAAUAAUUGCAUUAAAAUAUUUUAAAUUUUUUUCUUAAAAUGUAAUUUAAAUAUAAAAAACUUUCAUUCAAUUUCAAUAUUGCUAAACUAAAUUGUUAUAGAGAAGUAAUGUAGAAGUGAUAUGUAAAUUGAAACAAUUAAUAUGAAGAAACUUUUACAUUCUUAAGCCUCAUUUUCAUUAACUUCACCUUUAUUCAUAUUUUAAUCAACCAAAUUUUUUAUGAUUCCUGUGUACGUAUCGUUUUUAAAGUAUAAAACUGAAAUUGUAAUCGAGUAAAUCUUUAUAAGGAAAACAUUGUUUUUCUAGAACAAAAUUUUUUUAUGUUUCCACUUCGACUCCCGGGUUCAUAUCAUUACCAUAAAAUAUCAUUUUUUGAUUCCAUAUUUCUAUAGUAUUGUAAGCUCCAUAAAAUUUCUAUGAUUAAAAAAAUUUAACAAUGAUCAUUAUCUUACCAAAAUGUAGCAGAUCCAUAGGUAAGCUUAAAUAAGUUUUUUGAUUUAUUUUACUGUAUUGCUCAUCCUAAAUGCAUGCAACCGUAUAGUGGUUAUAAGGCAUGUUAUUUCUUAAAGAAAAUAAGGGAAAAGUGUUUCUGUUUCUUUUAUUGUACUUUAUUCGACUAAAUACAAUUAAUUUUAAAAAUAUAAAAAACAAAUAUAAUUUUGUAUAAAAGAAAAUAUCAAAAAAUAAUUAUUAAUAAAAAAUGUUUUCUGUAAAACAAAAAAAAAAUUUUUAAAUUUUAAAGAAUUUCAAAUAAAUUACAAAGAAAAAGUAAAUUUCUCAUGUUUCGAUGUUUCAAAGAAGGCCUAAAUCGUAUGCUAUGUUAAAAAUACAAAAAAAAAAUAAUAAAUAUAUUCUAAAAUUUUAUUUUAGUUGCUUAACAUAUUAAAUUAUGAGAAGUUUUUUUGAAAAAUUAGAGAAAAAUGCCGAAUAAUUAUUCUAUUUAAAUUUGGGAAAUGCCUGUGAAAUAAUCAAAUUUCUCACUGCUCUUCCUUGAAAUCACUUGGAAUAUUUUCGUUACUGCUUUUUCUUGAAAUUUAAAUUUGAAAAGAACAUUUGCUUUUCAACAUUACAAUCAAAUUGAAUUUUAAAUAAACCUAUUAAUUUUGUUGCAAUAUGAUUGAAAUAAAUUUACAAGAAUAGGCACAAUCUGCAUGCCAGUUCAUAUCUUAUUACUGCACACUUUAUCUUUAAUAAAUUUAAUCUCAGAUAUUUUCAUUUAAAAAUUCAAAAAAUUAAUUUUUCUAUAAAACUUCUUAUAAUUUAUAAAUUUAUUGUA